AUGGAAUACGACACCAAGACACCGCCGUACAGCACCAGCGACGAGACAUCGUUCGCCUCCGUCUCCGGCCACGAGCGCUGGCCCGUCAUCAUCACCGGAGGCAUUGAUGACGUCCACCGCGCCGCGCUCGCUGCCACCGAUCCCGACGUGGCAAACGAGGGCAAGCAGAUUGUCCAGGCGCUCGCAAAACUCAAGCACGAGCUGCAGCACAACCGCCAAUUGACUCCCAUCCCCGACGAUGGCGAGCCCGACGUAGCCGGCUACAACAAGGAGCUGGAGGCUCUGGGGAACCCGCAGUGGUUCAACGUGCCGUGGCUCUUCUCCGAGUGCUACCUCUACAGACGCGCAAACACGGCCUUCACCCUCUCCAAGCACUGGAAGAACUACGACAUCUUUGCCCGCCAAAAGAUGGACACGUUCCGCUCCUCGCGCCCCGCCGUCCUCGAGCUCGCCGCCCGGUACAAGGACCUCGUCGCCCAGCUCGAGACGGGCCAGGCGCCGUCGCAGGAGGACAAAGAGGAAGCAGACAAGAUCCUGUUCAUGGAGAUGUGCGAGAUCUGCCUGUGGGGCAAUGCCACGGAUCUGUCGCUCCUGACGUCCCUGACGUACGAGGAUCUCCAGAAGCUGCAGGGCUCCGAGGCGCGCAAGGCGUCGGAGAAGAACAUCCUGGUCAACGACCUCGAGGCCGCCUACGACGUCCUGCACGCCGCCAAGAAGGCCGGCAAGAAGGAGCGCAGGGUCGACAUUGUGCUGGACAACGCCGGCUUCGAGCUCUUCGUCGACCUCGUCCUGGCAGGCUACCUGCUCUCGGCAGGCCUGGCGACCAACGUCGUCCUCCACCCCAAGUCCAUCCCCUGGUUCGUGUCCGACGUCCUGCCCCAGGACUUUGCCGCUCUGCUCAACGCGCUGGCGGACCCGCAGGCCUUCUACGCCACUCAGACGGACGACGAGAAGCACGUGGGCCGCGCGCCACACCCGCUGUCAGAAGAGGAGGCCGAAGACCUGACCUUCCUCUUCCAGAGGUGGAGCGGAUUCCACGCCGAGGGCCAGCUCACCAUCCGCCCCAACCGCUUUUGGACCGAGGGCGGGAGCUACUGGCGCCUCCCCGGGACCGCGCCCAGCCUCUACGAAGAUCUGAAGGAGAGCGAACUCGUCAUUUUCAAGGGUGAUCUCAACUACCGGAAGUUGACCGGCGAUGCUGCCUGGGACCCUACUACCCCCUUCGUCGAGGCCAUCGGCCCUCUCGGCCCCAAGUCUGGCGUCCGUGUUCUUGCGCUCAGGACGUGCAAGGCUGAUGUGGUUGUGGGCUUGCCGAAGGGCAGAGACGAGGAGUUGAGGAAGAUGGAGGGCGGUGGCGGAGACAGUGGCUGCCGCAAAUGGGCCUGGAGCGGCAAGUGGGCUGUGGUGCAGUUUUCCGAUGGCAAGGCGUGA